AUGUCCGCGGAGGAGAUACCCGAGGAGCUAUGGAGGAAGAUAUUAGAGAUUGGCGUAAAGUCGUCGACCUUCUCCUACAAAGAUCUCUGCUGCGUCUCCAUCUCCUCCCGCCGUCUCUGCCGGUUGUCCUGCGAGAAUUCUCUGUGGCACUUUCUGCUCUUCCAGGAUUUCUCCAGCCACAUCAACUCUACAUCCUCUUCUCAAUCUCCCACCAAGUUCAUCUACAGGACCAGGUUUGAGAGGGAGAAGGAUAGGAAAGUAGCUGCACAUAGAAGAGCUCUACUGAGGAAGGAAAGUGAAAUUUCAGAGUUGUGCCGGAGGAUUCGUGAAUUGGAGGCUCGAUUAUCUGAGGAGGCAGAGAGAUUCGAGGCUGCUUCUGUGGAAUUCUUAAAUUUGCAGAGAAUCAGGCAAGCAUCCGUAGCUUUGAAUGUUUGGCAGCCAGAGGUCGUGCGUGACAGACAAAAACAAAUGGUCGAGCAGAACGUUGUUCCUGUUGAGGGUCGAUUGCGAGCACUUGAGAUGGAAAUUAAGUUGUGCAAACAGCAAAUCUCUGGUGUGAAUAGGGCACUUAGGGAGGUAAAACACCGAUUUGACGUGGCCCAAAAAGAGCUAGAAUCCAUGAAGUACCAUCCUUUACGAGAUUAUAAAUUGGUACGUAGUGGAAAUCAUCAAGUAACUAAUGCCAAGAGGAAGAAGUUGAAAACCAGCAUUGAUUUUCCGGCAGCAAGAUCCAGUGACAAGAAGAAGCUGUUACACUCAGAAUGA